AUGACCAAACUAUUGCAGGCUCUUCAAAAGCUCAAGACCUUAUUGGGUUACAAUAUCCAAAACCCCAAGACACCAUGCCCCUUUUCCAACACUUGCCAAUGGAUCUUUAAGGAUCCGAAGUUCAAGAACUGGCUUGCAUCCCACGAUGCAAAAGAACCAUGUGCCCGUCUUCUCACGAUUUUUGGCGAUCCAGGCUCUGGAAAAACAGUCUUGAUGAACUCCAUUGUGGAAAGAUUCCGCCAGGAACCGUCCCUCCUCUCCACCACGGAUGGCGAAGCACCGAUUGUGCUGUACCAUUCCUACAAUGGCCCUAGGAAUAUCUGGCCAUUCUCCCACGCUUACAUGCUCUAUAGCCUGUGUCAGCAGCUUGUCCAAGCACACAAACUCAAAGGGAAAGAAUACGCUCUACCGGACCCCCUAGGUUGGUUCAACUCAAACCUCGAUCGUUUUACCACCCUAUUGAUAGCCAAUCCGGGGUCCUAUUACAUCUUUCUGGAUGGCCCAUCUGGGUUUGACAUGAAGUGCCCGAUCGGGCCUUCGCAUGACUACAAGACCGACGACUUCCUAAAGUCCUUGGACACGACGAGGCUAAGGAACCCGAGUGGGAAACUGGACAUCAAGAUCUGUUACGCCUGCAGACCCGAAGGCCGGUUCCGAGACAUCUUAGAGAUGGACCCAAACAUGCCUACGGGACUGAAGAUGGAGCGCAAGAACAACACCGACAUAGAAGAAUUCUGGGCCGAACACCAAGAGCUCCUCGAAAACCCACCCAGUAUGGAAGACAUGUGGUACCAGAAUGGGAAGAUCAAGGACACGUAUCGAUUCUUUCCAUGGCUGCAAUAUGAGAUCUACCUACUCAAGAAGCAGCAUAAGCCCUCGAUGUUAACCGCCAAAGACGACAUGGAGCAAGAAAUGUGUCGAAAGUGGUACCGCACCAUGCUACACGAAGCGACUUAUAACUUUCAGCCGGAACGGCUCGAGAAACUCUCUGUCUACAUCAACCGGAUCCUCGCGCACGACGUCGAACCACUGAGAACUCUUCGUGCCGACCGUCCAUUCACGCUUCUGGAGUUCACCCUGGCUGACCUGGAAGACGUUAAACCAAGCGAAGUUGACAACGAGGAGUUCGUCGAAGCUGCUUGCAAAGAGAUGUCUAGGAUGACCAAUCAGAAACUCCAUCCGUUCAUCGUCGUCUCACCGCCAAACCCAAAUAUAGUCCUACAACGACAACCAGAGAUAUAUCGAAACGAGAUUCAUCGACUGUCGGUCAUGACUGUCACCCUCCUCUAUCACAGUAUGAGUGACUUCUUCCUGAACACCGAAGAAGGGAGAGCUUUCCUGGGGUUGGAUCAAACCAAGAAGGAUGACUGA